GUGAGCACCUCCCGCGUUCGCCAGGGCUCCGGCAUGGCUCACUGCGCGAAGAUCGGCCCGUCCAUUCUCAGCGGGAACCUGGCCUGCCUGGGCAGGGAGUGCGCGCGCAUGAUGGAGUGCGGGGCGGACUACCUGCACCUCGACGUGAUGGACGGGCAUUUUGUCCCCAACAUCACGUUUGGCCACCCCAUGGUGGAGAGCCUGAGGACAUCUCUCGGCCAGGAUCCUUUCUUUGACAUGCACAUGAUGGUGUCCCGGCCGGAGCAGUGGGUGAAGCCGAUGGCCGUGGCAGGAGCCAACCAAUACACGUUCCACGUGGAGGCCACUGACAACCCUGGGAAUCUCAUCAAGGAGAUCAGAGAGAGUGGGAUGAAGGUUGGCUUGGCCAUAAAGCCCAAUACUACAGUUGAAAUGUUAGCACCGUGGGCUAACCAGAUUGACAUGGCCUUGGUCAUGACCGUUGAGCCUGGUUUUGGAGGACAGAAGUUCAUGGAGGACAUGAUGCCUAAGGUGAGCUGGUUGCGGAGUCAGUUCCCUUCAUUGGACAUUGAGGUAGACGGAGGAGUUGGCCCGAGCACCAUUCAUAAGUGUGCCGAGGCAGGGGCCAACAUGAUCGUGUCGGGCAGUGCUGUGACGGGAAGCGACGACCCUCGUGCCGUCAUCGCGCUGCUGCGCACCGUGGUUGCCGAGGCGAUCCAGAAACGCUCGUUAGACCGCUGAGGCGGCGUCCUCUUUGUGGAAGUCCCUACAACAACACCCCAUACCAGCUCGUCUCAGCAAUACGCCGCAGCAAAACCGGAGUGACGGCCUCCUUCGAUACUUCUCUCUGGGUCAGAGGUCAGGUCUCAAGGAGAGGCAUUGCCGGGAUGUGUGGGUGGGGGGUUGGGGAGGGCGCUUCUGAAGAGGCACAAGCUGGCGGCCAAAUCAAAAUCACAGUGGUCCAGUGCGGCUGAGCUCUGGCCCCACAGAUACUGAACUGUCAAACUUUCCUCUGCCUUGUCAGGAUCUCUACUCUGAACAGCUACCGCGCUACGAGUCUCCCUCCGGAAACAAUUACCGUUGAAUGACUCUGGAGCUAUCACUGAUUUAAUGCAGCGACAUUCCUAAACAUGUUUUGACUCCCAACACUGUAACUUUUACUCCAUGAAUGGAUGGAUGAUGAAAAUAAAAGAUCUUAGGGGUCACUGUGCUUUGCUAUAUUAUGUUUUGAAAGGAAGGCGUGCUAUGUGGUUAAAUGCUGGAUCAAACCAAAAUCAAUGAAAGAUUUCAAUUGCUGAUUCUUCAGUCCCCCGCCCCACCCCAGUUCUGUGUGGGCUGUCACUGGGUGUCACUGAUAAUGGCUUUAAAGAGGGUUAUAAACACACUCAAAAAUACUAGAAUAAGCUUUAAUUUUUUUUUUUUUUUAUCAUUUCAGUUUACAAAUUGGCGAUAAACGGUUGAAGAUGAAUAUAUGAAGUUUGGUGCUGGGGACCCUGACACAGAUCCCUGCUUUACAGUGAAUAUCAGUUUUGUUAGUCACAGACAUGUUGGAAAAUUGGACUGAUUUCUUUCUUGUGAUCCGGUGGAAUGUGUGCAGGAAGAAGGUGAUGCGGGCCGUUAGGACGGGAAGCUUAAUGCAUGAGCAGCAAAUAAGAGAAAUGUGAUUAUUUCCAUUGGCAAAUGUACAGAACCAGGACUGACAUGUUAUAGCCCCUGAUUCUGGAUAAAUUUAAUAGUAUCAACAAUUUGUUUCUCACCUCAAAAAAAAACAAAAAAACCCUUGUGCUAUACAAGCCUAAUGUGACUCUUACCACCGUUUCCCAUUUCAAACACUAGAUGGCGAGCUUGGACAAAUAUUGUGAUACAAGAAAAACGAGAUUCAAAUUCACAUUAUUUUGCUGUGGUGGUUUUCAAUGAAACACAGUAAAUCCCAUAUAUGGUCCAGCAGUAGAGAUGAGAGGCGCAGCACAAUAACGCGUGAUGUCCUCAAGAUGGAUGGCUUACAGCUGAUCCAUUAAUAAUGACCAUUAAGCCUUGAUGCGUGCUCAGGAGACUGACAGAGUCACUUAGCUGAGUGAUGGGACGUCUCUCCCACUAAACGUUGUGUCCACAUGACCUGAUUAAGCUUCCGGGAUGACCAUUAGGAAUCACCUUAUGACCAUACGACUCAUGCUCGGAACGAAAUUGCAAGAUAAAAAUUGCAGUCUGCCUGUUUUUGUUUUUUUAAUGAAAGUUACAUAGAGUAUCCAAACAGACCUGUUUAUUUUGCACAAAAUUGAUUUAAAAAAAGAAAAAAAAUUUGCAUAAUUUAGGAUUGAAGGUUUGUUUUAAUAUUUCUGUACAUGUUACCUCUAGUACGUAUGUACUGCCUACUCAUCUGUCUGUUGAUGUGUCUGUCUAUCUGCCUGCAAGCUGGCAUGCGUCGAUGUUGCUAUUUUUUUUCCCGUUUCUCUCAAAUGUGAAGAUGACCGUGAAUUGAAACACGACAGGGGCUUUAAAUGAGCAGACAAUUGAAAUAAAUGGGCUCAUU